AUGGCUGAAUUAUGGGGGGUGUAUUAUGGACUGGUGGUGGCAUGGGAGAGACGAGUGGAACGGUUAGAGUUUGAAGUUGAUUUAGAAAUUGUGGUGGGUUUUCUAACGACAGGGAUUAGCGAGGCAAAUCCACUGUCUUCGCUUCAUCUCUCAGAAACAAAACACUUCAUUCUUGCGUUUGAUCUUUUCUCUCUCGAUCCAAUCUUUUUCUUGAGUUUCAUUAUGGUGUACGAAUUGGCUGCAGAUUAUAAUCAAGUCAAAGACGAACUGUUAAACCCAGCAGACGAAGUAAUAAUCUCACUUUUUCUGAAGCGUAUGAUCGUUUACGGAGAUUCAUGGCCUGAGCUCUUCACCCAAGACGUAGACGUGUUCAACAAGAAUCCAAAUGUGGAGUUCAAUGCUGAGAUACCUAUCUUCGUGAUCGUGAAACCACGAACAGAGAGUUGCGGUAAAACCGAUGGAUGUAGAUCUGGUUGCUGGAGAAUCAUGGGUCGUGAUAAACUGAUAAAAUCGGAGGAGACUGGAGAGAUUCUAGGGUUCAAGAAGAUUUACAAGUUCUGCUUAAAGAGGCAACCAGAGGAAUACAAGAGGAGCUGGGUUAUGGAAGAGUAUAGGCUUACCAAUAACUUGAACCGGAAGCAAGAUCAUGUGAUUUGCAAGAUUAGGUUUCUGUUUCGAACCGAGAUCAGUUUCUUGCUAGGCAAGCAUUUCUCGUAUCUCUCUACUAUUCCUGCAAAUCUAUUACUACCAUCUUAUGGAUACUAUGAUUCCGAUAGCCAAGUGGAGGAUGAGUCUUAUCUGUUAACGAUAUCUGAUUCUGACGGAAAUGUUUGGCCUAGCUACGUUACCAAUAACGUCUACCGUUUGCAUCCAUUGACGCUUGUGGAUCCUUCCGAGAAGAUGUUUCGACUUUAUGGAACAUGCAUCUACGCUAACGAGACUUUUCGUACAACCGAUGAAUGCGAUGGUAGUGGUUACUGGAAGAUCCUGCACGGUGAUAAGCUGAUCAAGUCAAAGUCCGGGAAGACCAUUGGUUUCAAGAAGGGUUUUGGGUUUUACCAAAUGGAAGAACUAAGCUAUGUUCGUGAAGGAGAAGAUGUGAAGGUAACUUGGACUAUAAAAGAGUACAGGCUUAAGGAAGAGGAGAAGCAGAAUAAAGUGUUGUGCGUUAUCAAGUUAACUGAAUUGUAG